AUGCCUGACAGUGAAGGUGAAAUUUGGAUGAUAACGGAACUCACUUGCACUUCUAUAUGGAAUUCCCUAGCGAAAAAGGUGAAACUCGGAAGAUUACAAUACAAACUGGAUUAUGACUUUCAGCAAAAUCAGUACGAUGAUAUUGUGAUCUGUGAUAAUAUUGAUCUUUCUAGCGAUUAUUUCUUUUUUUUGGAGAUGAAGAACAUUUUUAAUUAUCGGAUGCGAAUUUUAGCUGUAACUGUAAUUCAAGCGGAAGAUCUGCCAGGAAUGGAUAUGAGUGGUACUUCAGAUCCAUAUGUCAAGUUAUACCUUUUGCCAGAAAAAAAGAAAAAAGUGGAAACGAAAGUUCAUCGAAAAACACUGAAUCCAGUUUUCAAUGAAACAUUCAUUUUUAAGGUACCAUUUGCUGAAAUCGCUUCAAAAACUCUUGUGUUUGCUGUUUAUGAUUUUGAUCGGUUCUCCAAACAUGAUCAAAUCGGUCAAGUUCUCAUACCUCUUGGAAAAAUCGAUCUUGGGCAAGUAAUUGAAGAAUGGAAAGAUAUAGCACCACCACCAGAUGAUAAAGAAGCUGAGAAGAGCUUGGGCGAUAUUUGCUUUUCCUUAAGAUAUGUACCUACAGCUGGUAAAUUGACAGUGGUAAUACUUGAGGCAAAAAAUCUCAAAAAAAUGGAUGUUGGAGGCUUAUCAGAUCCGUAUGUGAAAAUCGUAUUAAUGCAAGGCGGUAAACGGCUUAAAAAGAAAAAGACGAGUAUUAAAAAAUGCACAUUGAAUCCCUAUUAUAAUGAAUCAUUCUCAUUUGAAGUACCAUUUGAGCAAAUUCAGAAAGUCUCAUUGAUGAUAACUGUGAUGGAUUAUGAUAAACUUGGUUCAAAUGAUGCGAUAGGCCGUUGCUUACUUGGUUGUUCUGCAUCUGGUGCUGAAUUACGUCAUUGGAUGGAUAUGUUAGCUAGCCCUCGUCGUCCGAUUGCCCAGUGGCAUACGUUAGGGCCAGUUGAUGAACCAGAAAAAACCUGA